AUGAUUUUAUAUAAAACUAUGGGUCAAACCCAGAGUGCUACUGAUAAAGAGGUUGCCCUGAAAAAUAUCCAGGAGCUGUACCGUAGGUUUGCAGAUGAAUGUCCAAGUGGUAAUUUACACCUGCAUGAAUUCAAGAAAAUUUUCGGAGUCAACAGGAAAUCCUCUGAGGAAGAAUCAGCAUACAUGGAAAACGUGUUUCGAUCAUUUGACACAAAUAAGGAUGGAAAAUUAGACUUUAUGGAAUAUGUGGCAGCGAUACAUCUUGUAUUACGAGGAAAACUUGAGGACAAGCUAAAAUGGUCUUUCAAAGUGUAUGACAGAGAUGGGAAUGGCUGUCUGGAGAAAGAAGAAGUAGGACAUAUUCUCAAGAUUAUCUACAAAUUAAAGAAGCACUCUGACCCGAGCACCACAGAGAACAUUGAGGAUAUCUGUGAUCGAAUAUUUAGCAUACUGGACAAAAAUGAUGACAGUCAAAUUUCCUUAGAAGAAUUCAUGGAAGGAGCUGAAAAGGACCCGUGGGUGCUGGAACAACUCAGAUUGGAUUUUGCAGCCUGUGAAUGGUUUUUAGAACAUAAGAAGAAUCCAAACUCAUGA